UAAGAGAGAGAAAGAAUCUUUUCAUUCUCCUCCAAUUCCAUUAAAUUCCCACCAUGUUAUCUCUCUCCUCCAUUUCUAUACCUCCAAGAAACCAGAGUCUAAAGUUUUAACCUUUUGUUUAAAUUCAAUUUGGAUUUUAAUGAGCAGAGUAAUUCAAAGGACCACGUUUCUUUCUCUUAAAAACCCAAGACUUUAGCACUCCCUGCCCUUGUCUACACUUGACUGUUCCCCAUCUUUUAGGUGAGUUUUCCAAGAUUCUGCACUCCAUCUGUUCGAUAAAACUCUUCAAAGAAAGAUUCUCAUUUAUUUAACCACUUCCACCAUUAAAGCUCUGUUAUAAGUUAUAACCACCGCAUAAUGGCGGCCGCCGGGGAUAAUCAUAAUGGGUUGAUGCCGGAAAAUCUCAAAACUCAACUUGCUAUUGCUAUUAGAAGUAUUCGUUGGAGCUACGCCAUUUUCUGGUCGAUUUCACAAUCAGAUGAAGGGGUAUUGGAAUGGAGAGAAGGGUAUUAUAAUGGUGAUAUUAAAACCAGAAAGACAAUUCAAGUUGCAAACUUUGAUUCUGAUCAAUUAGGGUUACUGAGAAGUGAACAAUUGAGAGAACUUUAUGGAUCUUUGUCGGAUAGUGAGACUAAUUUGCAAACUAGACGGCCGACGGCAGCCUUAUCGCCGGAAGAUCUUACUGAUACAGAGUGGUAUUACCUUGUUUGCAUGUCUUUCAUGUUUGACAUCGGCCAAGGGUUGCCCGGAAGAACAUUUGCCAAUGGUCAGUUCAUUUGGCUGUCUGAUGCUCCUUUUGCAGAUAGCAAAAUAUUCAACCGUUCUCUUCUAGCCAAGAGUGCAUCGAUUCAGACCGUGGUGUGUUUUCCAUAUCUUGGAGGUGUAAUUGAAAUGGGCGUGACUGAACUGGUUGAGGAAGAUCCCGGUUUCAUUGAACAUGUUAUAACAUCCUACUUGACAAAUCCAUCGGUUUCAUUUUCCAUGAUUCCGACCUCUUUCUCGGGAAAUGGUGGAAGAAACGACGAGAAUGAUCAUGUCUUUGAUGAUCUUAUCGAUACAGAUUUAAAUCUAACAGACGAAUGGGAUCCAAUAACGAGCGACUCUUUUUUGGUAGAUCAUGAUCUUCGGGAAGAAUUCAGCAAUUGUAUUAUGCAAAACGCGACGAGUUCGAGUGAAUGCAUAUCUCAUACGCUUCUUAACACGUGUGGAUGGAGCAGCCCUGGAAAACGGAAGGCGAAUGACGAGUGUUUGAUUGAUGAAAUAGAACAACACGAUCGCACGAUAAAGAGGAGUAAUAGUUGUAGUAUAUUGGAUAUUCAAACCGAGGAUGAUAGCCAUUAUGGAGUGGUUGUUGCGUCAUUGUUGAAAAGCUCUAACAGCUUUCUAUUGGGUACACCUUUAAGGAAACUCGAGAAUCAAGAAUCAAGUUUCGUUGGAUGGAGGAAAAACUCGCCCGUUCAACCGAGAAAAGGAAAUCCUCAAAGAUUAUUGAAGAAAAUUCUCAUCGAGGUUCCUCGAAUGAGUCGGGGUUGUUUGCUUGAUUCGAAAAAGAAAGAAGGACAACAUGACGUGGUUGAUUCGAAUCAUACUUUGUCGGAGAGGAGGAGACGAGAAAGAAUAAGUGAACGAUUCUCGGUUCUUGGCUCAUUGAUCCCCUCCAUUAAGAAGGUAGACAAAGUUUCCAUACUCGACACCACAAUUGAAUACGUUAUGGGGCUCGAGAGAAGGGUGGCAGAGUUGGAAUCUUGUUCGGAUGCGGGAUUUGGUGAACUAAACGCGAAAACAAUAACGAAAAGGAAGAAUGUCAUAACCUCGGAUGAGAGGAUAUCCAAUAACAUUGGAAAGCAUCUUUCCACAAACAAAAGAAAAUCAACCAUAUUAAACGAAUCGGGAUUAGAUGGAAAGCUAGCAAACAAUUCAACCGAUAAAGUAAAGGUAAUUGUCGACGAAAAUGAUGUCAUUAUCAUCGAGAUAAGAUGUCUUUGGAGGGAAUCAUUACUUCUAGACAUAAUGGAUGCUAUGGGACGUAUUUGCCUUGAUUCUCAUUCGGUUCAAUCUAACAAUGUCGAUGGCUUCUUAGACAUAACCAUAAAAUCCAAGUUCAAGGGUUCGGCGAGUGGUUCGGCAGGGAUGGUCACCGAAGCAGUUCAAAGAGUUGUAUGGAAGAAUUGAAGAAUAUGAUCUUUAAAUGACCUUGAAUUAGAGUCUAAUAUGAUGACUCUACUUAGUAAUUAAAUUUGUUUUUAUCUUGUAUGAUCCUACUUGAGUAACAUUUUUAUCAACAUGUAAUUCCUUUUUAUAAUAAAGUUGAAGAUUAUCCUUCAAUUU